GUGUUUUUAUUUGUUGAGUCGAAAUAUAUGACGUUUCCUGUUUCUGACCUAAAAUGCAUCAUGGGAUUUGUGGUCCACAAAAGUUGCUGGUUUUAUCAGAAUCAUUACGAAUUUCAACCCGCAGUUUCACUUAGGUCAGUGCUACUGUAAACGACAACGUGAAACUGUUCAUCUAUACACACUAUUCAUUAAAUGCCAAAUUUUAUUCUUGGAAUACUAAAAUCAUUCGCAUUGAUCCAGCUUGAAGAUGCCUGAGAAUGACCAAACCCAAAGCAACAUGCUGAAGGGGGAGGGACAAAUUGAGUUUGAUGAAGUUGCGGUUUAUUUCUCUGAGGAGGAGUGGGUCAGAUUAAAUGAUGAACAAAAAGAGCUUUAUAAGGAUGUGAUGGUGGAUAAUUACCAGACCCUCCGGUCUCUAGGUUAUGUUCAUGUGAAACCUUCAGUUAUUACAAAGAUUGAGCAGGGAGUGGAGCUGUAUGGGUGCCCUGUCCAGAAGAUCCCUCAGGAGAAACUAAAUAUCAAUAUGAAAGAUCGAUUAAUGAGCUAUGGUAUUCCUAGAAAAGACCAUCCUAAGGAUUCUUUUUUGAAAGAGAUUGAAAGGAGUCACGAGAAAAAUAAAUCAUAUUCAUGUUCUGAAUGUGAGAAGUCAUAUUUCAAUGAAUCAAGUCUUAUUAGACAUAAGCAAAUGCAUACAAGACUGGAAGAUUUUUCAUGUUCUGAAUGUGAGAAGUCAUAUUCCAAUGAAUCAAGUCUUAUUAGACAUAAGCAAAUUCAUACAAGUGAGAGAGAAUUUUCAUGUCCUGAAUGUUGGAAAAGUUUUACUAACAAAUCGCAUCUUGGUAUCCAUAUGAAAAUUCAUACAGGAGAAAAAGAAUUUUCAUGUUCUGAAUGUGGAAAAUGUUUUACCCAGAAAUCAACUCUUGUCUCUCAUCAGAAAACUCAUACAGGAGAGAAACCUUUUUUAUGUUCUGAAUGUGGCAAAUGUUUUUCUCAGCAUUCAACUCUUUCUUAUCAUCGAAAAAUUCAUACAGGAACAAAACCAUUUUCAUGUUCUGAAUGUGGGCAACAUUUUACUCGGAAAUCAAGUCUAAAUGUGCAUCUGCAAGCUCAUGUUGGACUAAGACCAUUUUCAUGUUCUGAAUGUGAUAAACGUUUUCUGAAGCAAUCAACCCUUGAUUCACAUAAAAAAAUUCAUACAGGAGAGAAAUCAUUUGUAUGUAUUGAAUGUAGAAAAUCAUUUACUCAGCAAGUAACGCUUACAGCUCAUUUGAAAAUUCAUACUGGAGAAAAAACCUUUCAUUGUUCUGAUUGUGGAAAAUCAUUUAUCUGGAAAUCUGCUUUUACUAAACACCAGAAAAUUCAUAGAGGAGAAAUGGGGAAAAAAAUGCUCUGAAUUGGGAAAACCCUAACUCCAACUGCUCAUUUGAGGAGUUAUAAUAGAGAAAAAAGCUCCCCAAAUUAUCAAAACACUGUUAAAGGGAUAGUAAAGUCCAAAUUAAACUUGACUGAUUCAAGCAGAGCAUGUAAUUUUAAAAAUCUUUUUAAUUUCACUUAUGUUUCAAAUUUAUUUUGCUCUCUUGGUAUCCUUUGUUGAGAAGCAUAUGUACAUAUUCUUAGGGGCAACAAUGCACUACUGGUUUGGUGGCUACACACAUAGAAGGAGCAUUUAAUUAGGAGAGCCCACUGUUAGGAGCAGCUUUGAAAAAGUGUUACAUAUUCUCAGCUGUUCUCUUUAUCAUGUAGCAGUGUGCUGCCUUCCUGACUUGCCAAUUGUUUACUUAUGCCUUAAAAAAUGAUUUAUGAGGUAUCACCUCUACGGUUAUCUGAUGGACUCGAAAGCAUGGAUAUCCACAAUACCAAAGAAGAAAUUGAUGAUUUCCUUUUUAGUUGUCACAAGAUGCUCUACAGCUGCUAUAAUAAAAUUAGUUAAAGGACUAUAUGCCAAGAAGCCACUUGAACUCUUGCUCUCUACCAUAUUAUUUCUUAUCUCUGAUGAACUGCAUGUAUGACUGCACGAAACGCAUCAGUUAAGAGGGAGUGCACCUUUACCUUUUGGUUCAGAUCCAAUAAACCAUUGGAUUUUACUUAUUAUGGGACUCAAGAGCGUGUUUCUUUCUUUUCUAUAAUUUUCAUUUCUGACCUUAGUGCCCAAAACUACAGAGGGUUAAUACAAUAUCUCAUACUGUAUGCAGUCGUUAUAGAGGCCCAGCUCUGCCAUUUCUUUGAGUGACAAUAGAGGUGCCAGCAAUGAGCAUUGACUGUGCCAGUAGCAUGGAUCACAGCCAGCCAGGACCAAUACAGCUAAAGAAUAAAGAACUAACCACUCUGCUGUGGAAGUGCAAUACUAUGUUUGAAUAUUAGACUAGACUGCAUGUGUCUUUACCAGAUAAAGUUGAAUUUGUCUAAUUGUGAAUGUAGCUGAUAGUAAACCUAAGGGCACAAUAAAGGAGAUGCACUGAUAAAUGUUUACUAAAUUAGCAGUAUGAUAGAUAGAUACUGGUGCUUAAAACAUAACAUAGUUAGCAUAAGCAAUCUCCCCUUGAUGAUUGAGGUUUUGAUAUAGUGAUAUUCAGGUUUACAGGAUGAAAUUAGCAGUUAAUAAAUUACAGAGACCUGAGUUAAUUAGAAGGCUGUGUAAGCAGCAAGCAACCGAGAUCAGCUGUGAUGAAAGUUUAGAAUUAGCGAGUUUCAGGAAAAUCGGCAAACAAUGUAACCAGUUUCAAUAACAUGCAUCUGAGCUUGUUAGUAGCAGAGUGAGCUGCAGAAACAUAGAUCAGCUGUUUUUUUAUAUGCUAACCUUGCAAGAUAUUGUAGAGGUUGAUUGAGAUUUGCAGAUAGGAUACAAAUGCUAAAAGGUACCUGUUCUGACUGCUUUCUUAUGAGAGGUGCCCAAAACGGUCCUGUGUUGGUAAGUAUAGGUGGAAGGCAGAAGAGAACACAGACUGCUGUCGGCGCUGCUGGAAGGUAUUUUGUCUACGCCUCUCACAGUAAAGUUCCGUAGGUGUUAUCCAAGAAGAAAGGAUGAAGACGGCAAUGUUCAGCGUAGGCAAUAGUGAGGCUUAGAUAAAUUGCUGAAGGAAGAGGUUAGGAGCAAAACUAUCUUCCUCUAGACUUUGCAACACUUCAAGAAAGGAGCGAUUGAAGACCUGCUGUUUUAUAGACAUGAGUGAAAAGGGAGGAGUAUCAGAAUUAAAGGUACAGGAAGUAAGUCUGAUAUGACAGGAAGACAAUAAACUGUACAAUUUGUUUAGGCAAUGACUGUUCUGAUAUUUUUCCUGCUCAAAACUUGGGCAUCUAUCUCACAUUUUUGAUACCUUCCUUUAUCUUUUAGAUUUUAUAUGCCUGACCUCAUAAGUGCACUUGCUCAGUUAAUCCCAAAAUGACUACUGGCGGAGCUGUGAUGCUUUGAAGCAUAAAACCUCUUCAACUUUGUAUUAUUAUGAAGUCUCCACACUCUCAUCACAUAUUAAAUUGACAUAAGAUAUUUUUUUGUAUAUAAAAGUUCAAAAGGACGAUGGUCAGUGGGAUAUUAGUACAUACAUUAUGAGGUAACAAUAUGGUAUUUCUACAUCCUUCUUGCGUGUAUCUAGCUGGAUUAGUGCACUGGAUAGGCUACAAUAAUGUUAAAUCAUGGACAUUGAGUAUGCACCACCCAUAUGACCCAUAUACCAACCACCAAGGACAGCCCAAAUGAAUUUAAAGACCUAAACCUGUAGUUCCACGACUUUGGGUUCUUACUGUGCUUAGACCAGCAGAGGAGCACUCAACAAAAAAUGCCAUGUGUUGGUAGUUUAUAAAAAAUUUAAACUAUGGGAUCAAGAGUGUCAGCAUUGGAAACUGUAGUUCCAGCUGAAGGUCAAGCAAAUUGCAAUUACAUGUAUGGAAGGCAAUUUUUGUAAUAUUUAAUAAAAUAAAAUGUAUUUUCUUGCUAAUAAAAUUAACUUGUUUAUAAA